AGCGAGUAAUAUGUAUAGGGCCUACCUAAGCAUUGCCUAUUUAAAGUAAAUCACAAACAGGACGCCUAUAGUUGACAUGGCUGAUUUGGCUGAGAAAACAAGCGAACUCACAAUGAGUGAUAAGCCAGCUGUAAUGUAUAUAUCUGAAAAGGAGGGGAAUGAUGAAUCAGGAGAUGGAUCAGAACAAAAACCCCUCCAGACUCUACUACGUGCAAUGACGGCUUCAGGAGGGGAACCUUUCCCCAAAUUCAUGGGAGACUCGAAGAAGGAAGGAGAGAGAUGGGAAGAAGUCUCACAAGCUCAGAGGAAGAAGAUCACCAAGCUGUUUGCCAAGGAGCAGAGGAAAACAUCUGAACGUGAAAAGAAAGAGGCAGAAGAUGCGGAGAAGAGGCAGAAGAACUUGGAGGAGGCCAAGAAGAUCACGAUUGAGGAAGACUCAAGCUUGCCAGCUGCUAAAUUGAUCAAGAUCAAGAGUGGUGGAGCCAACAGAGGAACCCGUGUUAAGAUCAAUGGAUGGGUCCAUAGGCUCAGGAGACAGGGUCGAUCUCUUAUGUUCAUCGUUCUGAGGGAUGGUACAGGGUUCCUUCAAUCUGUUCUCAAUGAUAAGCUGUGCCAGACAUAUGAUGCUCUGAUCUUGUCAACGGAAAGUACAGUGACCUUGUAUGGUGUCCUCAAGGAAGUCCCAGAGGGAAAAUCGGCUCCUGGUGGACAUGAGCUUCAUGUUGACUACUGGAGUCUAAUACAUGCCGCCCCAGCAGGUGGUGUGGAUAAUGUGGUCAAUGAGGAUUCCAAUGUUGAUGUUCAGCUGGAUCAGAGGCACAUGAUGAUGAGAGGAGAAACACUUUCCAAAAUCAUGCGUGUUCGGUCAACUGUUACACAAUGUUUUAGAGAUCAUUACUUCAGCCAAGAUUAUGAUGAGCUAACCCCUCCAACCCUGGUUCAAACCCAAGUGGAAGGAGGUUCUACUCUGUUCAAGCUGGGUUUCUUUGGAGAAGAGGCAUACCUGACCCAGUCUUCUCAGCUUUACCUGGAGACUGUACUCCCUUCCAUGGGGGAUGUGUUCUGCAUAGCGCAGUCUUACAGAGCAGAGCAGUCCCGAACACGCAGACAUUUAGCUGAGUAUACUCACGUUGAGGCCGAGUGUCCAUUUAUUACAUUUGAUGACCUUCUGGACAAGCUUGAGUUCCUGGUGUGUGAUGUGGUAGAUAGGGCCCUUGCCUCCCCUGUCGGUGAUCUUAUCAUGGAACUUCACCCGGGUUUCAAGCCUCCCAAGAGGCCCUUCAAGAGGAUGAACUAUGCUGAUGCCAUUGUGUAUCUCAAAGAACACGAUAUCAGGAAGGAGGAUGGCACCUUCUAUGAAUUUGGAGAGGAUAUCCCAGAAGCACCCGAAAGGAAGAUGACUGACCAAAUCAAUGAGCCAAUUCUGCUAUGCCGAUUCCCAGCUGCCAUCAAGUCCUUCUACAUGCCUCGAUGCCCUGAGGAUGAUCGCCUUACAGAGUCCGUGGAUGUCUUGAUCCCGAAUGUAGGUGAGAUCGUAGGAGGAUCGAUGAGGACGUGGAAUUAUGAUGAACUAAUGGCAGGAUAUAAACGUGAGGGCAUCGACCCCUCUCCGUACUACUGGUACACUGAUCAGAGGAAGUAUGGAAGCUGCCCCCAUGGAGGAUACGGUCUCGGACUGGAACGUUUCCUGACCUGGCUCAUGAACCGUCAUCAUAUCAGGGAUGUAGCCUUCUACCCUCGCUUCAUGGAGAGGUGUAAACCAUAGAGGGCGACACAUCAAGGAUAACAGAGUAUGGAACCUGUGUCGAAGAGACGGAACCUCAAUGCAAAGGCCAUGACUUCAACAUGGGUUAAAGUCAGAUCCCAAAUGGCUCCACAUUUAAUUUCUAACACUAAUCGAUUUCUUAACUGCGAUUCCAGGCAAUGUGACCUGUACAAGAUUAAACUUUUACCAUCUUAUUUCAUCUAAAAAAUAAAAAAUGUUUGUGAUACAACUAUUGGCUAAUAGUAGUGUUACUUACUUAAUCAAUAAUCAAUCGUACUAUCAAAGCAAUCUUCAUUUUUGGAAGAAAUAUGUGGAUAAAAGUCGUUCAGGAUGUUGUACAGGAUACUUUGCACAGAGUCGCCUAUACUUCAACUAUAAUCUUAUACAUUUGACUAAAUAAAACCUGGAGAAAAUGUCACAAGAGCCAAUUGACCUCCCAAACAUACACCAUGUAUAAAGCAACUCUGUUUCUUUACCAGUCUGAGAGACAGUUAUCUUCUCAUAAGAUGAUGAUUAGUACCAUUAUAAUAGGAAAUAAACUUUCUUGUGAGUACAAGAUGAAAAUAGAAAUAUAUGUUAAUGUUAGUAUUCUCUUCUGAUGAAUAUGAUGGGGAUUCAAUUUCAGAAGUUACCAUUUUUUUCAUAAUGGUGGUCCUUUCACACAGGUUUCAUAUCUUAUCACUUUUGUUAUUCUCUUUUUCAUUACAUCUUUACUUUGCUUAGUAAUUUUAUUCUCAUUCACAUUUUACCAAUGUGCAUGGCCAUAACAGCCUUAUUCAGGCAUUUUUUUUUGGAGAAAAGGGUCCUUAGACGUAUAGACUGAUAGUCAGAGAUGGAUAAAAUUCUUAUUUUUUCUCUGUUAUAUUUUUCUUUUGUUUUCAUUCUAAUACAUUGAUUUGUACUUACCGGGUACCUUUAUGCAAUAAAUUCAAUUUUAUUUAAGAUUGGUAUUAACUUUAUUUUUUUCAAUAAGGCAUAUGAUUGCAAAUGUAGGUACAAGUAUUGUGUAGUGACAUAUAACCAUUAUCACGCUUUUGCUCAUAGUUAUUAGACAAAUGCAAAAGCUCUUGUGCUGAAACGUCAAUGUUAAAACCUUGACAUAUGAAUAUGAUUCAAUAUAGAAAAAUGAUUUGUGUAUGGUAUUCUUCUUAUGUAAGAAAACAAUUGUGCUUAAAGAGAAUUUUGAGUACUGGGCCCCGUUUCUUAAAACUUGUCAUCAAUGUCAAGUUACAAUUACUUUUAUAAGCUACUGAAAUCCUUGUAUUUGUUUGGCUGACAGCAGAUCUUUUUUUUUUUUAAAGAAUUUCGGCAUUUGUUAUUGAUAUGACAUUUUAUGAAACAGGACUAAUUCUCUGAAUUCCUAAUAUCUCAUGGAUGAAACAUUCUCAAGAAGAUGGAAACAUGGGAAAGUUUCUCAAGUAAAACAGAUUAUGUCGGCUUAGAUCUCUUAGAAUUUUCAAAGAAAAAGAAUCAUGUGAUCAACUAAAUGCACCAAGAAAAACAAAUUUAAACCAAUUCCCAUGUAAGUGACCAAUAAUGUGUAUUACCUUCAGCAAAUUGGGCUAGGAAAUAACACUUAUGUACCCAUUUCUCUCUUGCAUAUGUCAUCAUGACAGCUGUGACUCAUGCAAUUAUGUCUGAUAGCUAUAUUUUGCCAGAUUCUUUGUCACGCCAUUUCAGUUUUCUGUGAAUUAAUCCUGUAUAAUCCAACUUUUUUUGGUAAUAUACCAUGAAGUGUGAAAAAAAAAACAUUCCGAUUUAGGUUUGCCAUAUUUGGAUGUUUUUCUUUCCUGUGCUCUUUGUACCAGGUAUGCCUGUAAAUGGCUACAGAAUCAUGUAUCAAUCUUUUUAGUCUACAGCAACAGCUCCCUUAAAACCUUUUUCUUCUUUUUGUCAAUUUCGUCUUAUAUCUUUCAUUUUAUAGGAAUGAAAGAACCAAACAUUCUUCUAAAGACAUCAUAUGUUCUAUUUUUUCUUUUCUUUUGGGGUGGAGGUAUUGUAAGAUGAGAACCUAGUUCUUGUUAGAACCGGUAACUCCUUUUUUUCUGUUUUAGUAGUAUGUGGAAUAAUAAUAAUAAAUGCAUUGCAUGAAGAUUAACAAUAAA